AUGGUCCGCUUUGUGACACCUUUGGUCCUGGCCUCGCUGUCAGUGACCGCCCUCGCCGCACAAUCCUGCAGCUCCAGCAGCCAGUGCGACGAGAAAUACCCUUGCUGCUCCCAAUAUGGUGAGUGUGGUACUGGUGCCUACUGCCUCGGUGGUUGCGACCCUCUAGCUUCGUUCUCCCUCGAUUCCUGCGCGCCUAUGCCCGUCUGUGAGAGCAAGACUUACACCUGGGACAACCUCGACAAUGCUGUCACCCAGGACAAGUACCUGGGUAAUGCCAGCGCUGCCGACUGGACCUACAGCGGAAAGGUUAAGACCGAAGAUGGCAAUCUGAUCAUGACUAUGCCCGCCAAGAGUGUCGGUACUCUCUUCGCCAACAACCACUACAUCUGGUACGGCAAGAUUUCUGGAAAGUUUAAGAGUUCCCGCGGCAAGGGUGUCGUGACUGCUUUCAUUCUUCUGUCCGAUGUUAAGGACGAGAUCGACUACGAGUGGGUCGGUGCCGAUUUGACCGCCGUGCAGACCAACUACUACUGGCAGGGUGUUCUGGACUGGCACAACAGCGGCAACAUCACCGUGGAUGGCGAGGAUACCUUCAAUGACUGGCACACGUACGAGAUCGACUGGACCCCUGAGAAGGUGGACUGGGCUGUCGACGGUGUCGUUCACCGCACCCUGAAGAAGGCCGACACCUACAACGAGACCUCCAAGCAGUACGAGUUCCCCCAGACACCCGCCCGCCUUCAAAUGUCGCUCUGGCCCGCCGGCCAGGCCAGCAACGCCCAGGGUACCAUCGACUGGGCUGGUGGUGAGAUCGACUGGAACAGCGAGGACAUCAAGACCGUUGGUUACGACUAUGCCACCGUCGGUGAGGUCAGCGUGCAGUGCUACGAUCCUCCUUCCGAUGCCAAGAAGACCGGCAGCAAGGCUUACCUCUACACCAACUCCGCUGCCAUGGAGAGCGAUAUUUCUAUCACCAACAAUAACACCGUCCUUGCCUCCCUCGGUGCCACCGGUCUCGACAUGGACCUCGGCGCUAACAAGUCAAGCUCAACCGCCUCUGGCUCCAACAGCAUCCCCACCGGCUCUGGUGGCUCUGGUGGCAUGACCAGCAACACCACCUCUUCUUCUGGUAGUUCCAGCUCUGGCACUUCCACCACCGAUGGGGAGACUUCCACUACGGGCUUCACCCAGGGCACCGCUACUGGCAACGGUGCGGCCGGCCAGAACGAGCAUGUCCUCCGUGGAUCGCUCUUCGGCGUCCUGGUGGCUCUUGUUGUCCUUGUGACGCUGUAA